GCCAGCGCGCGUAAGAAUUUACACGUCGCUAUGCACGCACGUGUUACGAAAAUUUUAAUAGAUCCAUCGUCAAAGAGGGCUUACGGUGUAGAGUUCUUUAGAGAUGGAAGCACGUUGCGCGUCAAUGCCAGCAAGGAGGUGAUAGUUUCCGCAGGAUCUAUCAACAGCCCUCAAUUGCUGAUGCUGUCCGGAAUAGGUCCUGGAGAACACUUAAAGGAACACGGGAUACCAGUUAUUCAGAAUUUAAGUGUGGGUCAUAAUCUUCAAGACCAUGUAAUUGUGACAAACCUUAUGUUCUUGAUUAAUGAAGAAGUAUCGUUGGUAGAGAGCAGGUUGUACGAUAUUCGAUAUUUGCUGGAAUACGCCAUAUUCGGAGCCGGUCCUUUGACAGAGGCAGGAGGUGUCAAAGGACUAGCUUUUAUCAAUACCAAAUACGCGAAUGCCUCCGACGAUUUCCCAGACAUGCAACUGCAUUUUUUGGCAUUGGCUGAGAACACCGACGGCGGCGGAGUGUUUAGAUAUAUUUACGGUCUGAAUAGAGAAUACUACGAUGCUGCAUUUGGGGACUUUAUAAAUAAGGACGCAUGGACCGCGAUUCCCACGCUUAUAAGGCCGAAAAGUAGAGGGGUUAUCAAGCUUCGAAGCAACAAUCCCUUCGAUCACCCGUUGAUUUAUCCCAACUACUUCGAACACCCGGACGAUGUGGCGACAUUUAUAGAAGGAAUUAAGUUUGUGUUCGAGAUGAGUAAAACUGCAUCAUUUAGACGUUAUGGAAGCAAAUUUUUACCGAAAUCAUUUUCUAACUGCGCGAAUAUUUCUAUGUAUACCGAUCCAUACUGGGAGUGCAUGAUCAGAUCCUAUGCCUCGACUCUAUAUCAUCCAGUGGGUACUUGCAAGAUGGGGCCUAAUUCGGAUCCAACGGCUGUAGUAGACCCUCGGCUUCGAGUUUACGGAGUCACCGGACUUCGAGUCAUAGACGGCUCGAUUAUGCCAAUCAUAGUCAGUGGUAAUACCAAUGCUCCGAUUAUCAUGAUCGCAGAGAAGGGUGCCGAUAUGAUAAAAGAGGAAUGGUUGAUGAAACGGAAUUUGAGAGUGAAUAAUUUGUUUUGUAGUAUUUCGAAUGAUGAAAAUUAAUGUACAUCAACUGUUAUUGUUUAUAUUACAUAAUGGAAACUUAUAAUUAUUAACUCAGAGUAAAUUUUUAUCAUAUAUUAUGUAUAUGAAUAUAUUCAUUUCGUCAAAUGAAUAUCGAGUAAGUUAAAUUUUAACAAGCGCAAGUUAGUCCGUUAAAAUUGUGUUUAUCCGAGCUUAUCGGAGAACAAACGGUUAAAAAUGUAGGAGUUCUACGAUUUCACCUAUUACAUACUUUUGAUGUUAUGGUUCAUUUAUUUCAUUACUAUUGUAUUCUAGAACAUGAGGAAAGCAUAACAUCGAUGAUGAAAAAUUGUUGAAAAAGACAUUCAUCUUGUAAUUUAUUUCCUUCGUUCUCUAGACACA